AUGAAUGAUACAAUGACAGAAAAUGCGUUUUCUUUAAAAAACGAUGACUUUUAUGGUUUUAUUCACGGAUUAGUUGGGCAACAAAUAGUGGACAUUUUAAAGUUUCAAUCAAUAACAUCUACACAAUCCUUAAUCCGAAAUCCGAAUAUUUUUGAAAUAUUUAAUAUGAAAUGUUCAGAGCCUAGUUUCUUAUUAAUUAGAGAAAAGUCAUGUUUGCAACUUGACGAUGGUCAAUUUAUUAUAAAAAUUGGGUUAAUGAAUAAUCUAAAUUAUUUGCUUGAUCUUUUAAAACAACAGCAACAAAAGAAAAUAAUGGAAAGUAUUUAUAUUGAAGCAUAUACAAGUUUAUCAUUCGAUUUUAUCAAUAAAUAUCCAUUGUUAAAAAGGUUGAUCCUUUGGUUUCAACAACUUGGAAAUAAUGGUGGUGGAAAAUUAACCUACGAAUUUAUUGGAUUAAAUUUACCAGGCUCUUUGUCCAGUGUAACUAUGUUAAAUACAUUAAUUUCAAAGUCGAAUGCAAAAAUUAGUGAAGCAGAAUUUCGAUUCGACCAACUUCAAAAACAUUUUGAUGAUCAUAAUCUUCAAUAUGCAUUCGGCUCGGAAGAUGCUACAAGCAUAAUUAAAAAGAUAAAAUAUGACUCAACAACAAAUACAUUUAAUGGAUUUCCUACACCACUUGAUCGUGGAGUACCAAUUAAAGAAUAUUAUCGAACUGAUUCAUUCGAUAAAUUGAAGUUAUGGUUUGAUUCAAAUGAUAAAGCAUCAUUACUAAAUGUACAUAUGAUUCAACCAGUACCGUCCACAAAUCAAAGCAUCAUUCCAAGUCCUUUUUUAUUAUCAGCAUAUGGAAUUGAUAACACAGCUACAGCGAAUGAUAUAUUACAAAGAUGGUGGUAUAUAUUCAAUCAAUGUUUACAAAGAAAUAUUAGGAUUAUUGGUUUUUCUACUGAUGCUGAUGCAAAAUAUGUACGUGCCAUGAGAUUGAUGAGUGGUUUUUUUGGGUCUCUUCCUAAUUUUCAAAUUCAUCAACAUCCACAAGCUUUUCAAAUAAAAACAACAUCGCAUUGGCCUUGGUUUUAUUUACGUGAACAACAACUAUUAUUGUUUUUUCAAGACGCGACUCAUCUGGUUACAAAAUGGCGCAAUCGACUAUUAUCAUCAGCAGCUGAAUUACGUCUUGGUAAUCAAUUUAUAUCGAUCAAUCAUUUAUAUGAUAUAAUCCAUAAUGAAACGUAUACUAAACUUGAUCAUGGCCUAACAAAAUCUGAUAUUAACCCUAAAGAUCGUCAAAACUUUAGUUCCUGUUUAAAAUUAACAUCUCCUGAUCUAUUUAAAAUUUUAAAUGAUAAUAAUGGCACUCAAGGAACUUUGAUUUAUCUGCAAAUGUUAAAAAUGAUUGUAGUGGCUUAUAUCGAUAAAAAAACAACGAUUGCUGAACUUUUACUUGUUAAACAAAAACAGUUACCACCACAUGUACUGCAUGUUCAUACUUUUAGUUCGCAAGCUUGUGAAUCGAUUUUUAGAAACACACGAGCAUUGAGCGGAAUCUAUUCAACAAUAAUCAACUUUACAGUACGUGAUUUUUUACGGCGUGCCCAAAGAUUGUCCUUAUUGAAUGAUAUUACAUUUAAACAAUUAAAUGAUAACCCAGUUAAUAAUUUCGUCUUCCCAGUUCAUCACAAACAUCGAAAGGAUCGUCAAUCAUCAUUUACACAAAGUCAAAGGGAUAUUGAUCAAAUAGAUAUCGAACGAAUUAUUACUGAUGCUUACCGUGAAGCUGUUGAUAUGCUUGAUCGUUUAGAAAUAUUGAAUUUACUGAAAGAAAAACGUGCUCUUGGCUUAAACUUAUUAAGUGAAUAUGUGUUUAAACAGCUAAAUUCGAACUCAAAGAUGUAUGAUUACUCAUCUCAACUAAGCAAUAUAGAUGAUGAAGAAUUCGAAUUCGAAUUAGUAGAUGAUAAUGAUGAUGAUGAUGAAAGAGCAGAUGAUCUCAACAUGGAUGAUGGUAAUAAUGAUAGUACUUCUUCUAAUGAUGAUCACAUUGACGACGACGACGAACAAGAUGAUACUCAAAAUUUAAUAAAUACGACGAAAGAUGACUAUGUUGGAAUAAAAAUCUUCAAUACGAUUCAGACCCACAUAGAACAUUCUUGUUUUGAAGUUACAAUCAAUGACGAUAUGAAAUAUAUGCAUAAACAAACUGCUUGUUGGUUAUUAACCGGCGAAAAAAAGUAA